CAUCGCGAAGCCCUAAUAAUUCUGAGCAAUCGAACCCGUUCGGCAGCGCACCAAGAAAGUCCAGGGCAAGAGAGAGAGAGAGGGGAACGAUGACGGACUACGAAGGUAGGUACGAGGGCAACGGAGAAGAUCUCGACAACUAUGGCUCAUCACCUCAGCCUCGCGGUGGUAGCCAUGGCGGCGCCGAUGAUUACAGUGACUCCAAGUCUCAGCACUCCCGGGAACGCGAAAGAGGAUCUUCAAAAAGCAGAGAGAAAGAAAGAGACAAAGGGGGUGACAAGGAAAGGGAUAGGGAUAGAGACAGAGAUAGAGAUAGGGGAAGGGAUCGAGAGAGGGAUAGAGACAAAGAUCAUGACCGUCAUCACCGAGACAGAGACCGAGACCGUCACAGGGAAAGGAGUGAGAGAAGGGAAAGGGUCAGAGAUAGAGAUGAUGAUCUCCAGCGGAGUCGUGACUAUGAGAGGCGUAGAGAUUAUGACAGGGACAGAGAGGACGGGCAUAAACAUACGUCCCGAUCUCGUUCCGUGGAAAGAUCAUCUCAUAGAUCAAGUUCGCGAUCACAUAGAUCAAGAUCUAGGUCUCGUUCACGCUCAAAAAGCAAAAGGAUCAGUGGUUUUGACAUGGCACCGCCUCCUACUGCAAUGUUAGCUGGUGCUGCAGCUGCUGCAGCAUUUGCAGGUCAGAUCCCUGGUACCACUCCGGCCAUUCCUGGAAUGUUUCCAAACAUGUUUCCAUUAGCAUCUGGCCAGUUUGGAGCUCUUCCUGUUAUGCCCGUCCAGGCAAUGACCCAACAGGCUACUAGACAUGCUCGGCGUGUGUAUGUUGGUGGCCUCCCCCCUACUGCAAAUGAACAGUCUGUGGCAACGUUUUUCAGCCAUGUUAUGUCUGUAAUUGGAGGAAACACUGCUGGUCCAGGAGAUGCCGUUGUCAAUGUAUAUAUAAACCACGAGAAGAAGUUUGCUUUUGUGGAGAUGAGAUCUGUUGAGGAAGCCAGCAAUGCCAUGGCCUUGGAUGGUAUUAUCUUUGAGGGAGCACCAGUUAAAGUAAGGAGACCUAGUGAUUACAAUCCAUCACUGGCUGCUACACUCGGACCAAGUCAACCUAAUCCGAAUUUGAACCUAGCUGCUGUUGGGCUAACACCAGGGUCUGCUGGUGGUCUUGAGGGUCCUGACCGCAUUUUUGUGGGUGGUCUUCCUUAUUAUUUUACUGAAGCGCAAGUCAGGGAACUGCUGGAGUCUUUUGGGCCUCUUCGUGGUUUCGAUCUUGUGAAGGACAGAGAAACCGGAAAUUCAAAAGGCUAUGCAUUCUGUGUUUAUCAGGACCUCUCAGUUACGGAUAUUGCUUGUGCUGCUUUAAAUGGAAUUAAAAUGGGUGAUAAAACUCUUACAGUAAGACGUGCUAACCAGGGUGCAACCCAACCAAAACCUGAGCAAGAGAGUGUCCUAUUGCAUGCACAACAACAAAUAGCAUUGCAGAAGCUCAUGUUACAACCUGCUGCGUUGGCGACCAAGGUUUUAUGCUUAACUCAAGUGGUUAAUGCAGAUGAACUUAAAGAUGAUGAAGACUAUGAGGAUAUUCUUGAAGACAUGAGAAUGGAAUGUGGAAAAUUUGGUACCUUGGCGAACCUUGUCAUCCCACGCCCAAGUCCAAACGGCGAACCUACUCCAGGUGUUGGGAAGGUGUUCUUGGAAUAUGUGGAUGUUGAAAGUGCAACAAAGGCUCGACAGGGGUUGCAUGGAAGGAAAUUUGGCGGGAACCAAGUUGUGGCCGUCUUUUAUCCAGAGAACAAAUUUGCACAGGGGGAUUACGAGGGCUAGAAGUUGCCUACCAUCUUGAUCUAAUCUCCUAUCAUUAAGUUUGCAUUUGCAUGUGAAUGCUGACUGUUAUUUGUUUUGCUAGGAUUUGUUCAGUUGAGGUAGUAAGUAGUUGGGUCUAUAGAGAGAGAGAGAGAAGUUGGGGGGGGUGUCUGCAGUAUGCCUGUUGCAAUUUGGAGUUUGUAGAACCUCUCUAGUUUGUGAUAUUUUAGAACAUUAACCAUCCAGCUUAACCUUCUUUCUUGUCUC